AUGGGCAACAGUGAGGACGGCACAAGUAGAGACUGGGCAGAGUCGGCGCGACGGGCUUUCCGUCUUAGAACCAGGGCCCAGUUUGUCCGUAACCUCGCGGAGAAGGCCCCGGCGCUGGUCAGCGCUGCUGUGACUUACUCGAAGCCUCGAUUGGCCACAUUUUGGCACUAUGCCAAGGCUGAGCUGGUUCCUCCAACCCCUGCUGAGAUCCCUACAGCUAUUCAGAGCUUGAAAAAAAUUAUCAAUAGUGCUCAAACUGGUAGCUUCAAACAGCUUACAGUUAAGGAAGCUCUACUGAAUGGUUUGGUGGCCACUGAGGUGUGGAUGUGGUUUUAUGUUGGCGAGAUCAUAGGCAAGCGUGGCAUCAUUGGCUAUAAUGUUUGAAGACCAAUCUUUGCUCUGUUAUUUGGGUGUUCUUGGACCGUGUGUGAGCAGACUGCUAUUUGAAUAAAAUAAGACAAUGUGUCAAAA